AUGGGAAAAAAUAUAGCUUCAUUUGGCUUACUUCCUAAUAAUUACUCAUUCUCAGAUGUAGAGAACCAAACAAGAGAUGUAUUGGCUGAAAAAAGCAUAAAAGUCCUUGAAGAGGACUUAAAUGCAAUUUCUUUGCUUAAUCAGAACCAAAGGCAUGCAUUUGAAGUUAUAUCUAAAAGAGUUUAUGAAAAUAAGAAUGGUGAAUUUUUUGUUGAUGGCCCUAGUGGGACUAGAAAAUCUUUUCUUUAUAGAGCGUUGUUAGCUGAUAUUAGGUCAAAGGGCUAUAUAGCAUUAGCGACAGCCACAUCAGGUAUUGCAGCAUCAAUACUACCUAGAGGUAGAACCGCUCACUCUCGGUUUAAAAUACCAACUGAUACCUCAGAGGGUAGAGCAUGCAAAAUUAGCAAACAAAGCAGUUUGGCAAAUAUGAUUAAGGAAUGCAAAUUAAUUAUUUGGGAUGAGGCUCCAAUGUGCAUGAGAUCUGCGAUUGAAACUUUAAAUGAUUUUCUAAGAGAUCUUAUGUAUUCAGAUAAGAUCUUUGGUGGGAAAGUAAUUGUUCUUGGGGGUGAUUUCAGGCAAACCUUACAAGUGGUUCGUAAGGGAAGCCAAUCUGAAACCAUUGCUACUUCUUUGAUUAAUUCCCCUAUUUGGCUAGCUCUUGAAAAAUUAGAGCUCACACAAAACAUGAGGGCUCGGUUUGAUCCCUCAUUCACUGAUUUCUUAUUAAGGGUUGGUGAUGGCACUGACCAAGCUGAAGAUGACAGUCUCAUACAACUGCCUUCUUCUAUUUUGGUUAGCAACGGUUCACAGAAUGCAUCGCUUCAUGAUCUAAUAGAUAUGGUUUAUCCCCACAUUCAACAUUGA